AUGUCUAAUAAGUUGGAAGAGUUUUUCAUGAUGAAUGUGGUACUUUACAUAAACUCAUUUAAGGCACUGCGUGCGUUUGUAACUGUUAAUAAGAAGUGCAAAAAAGUAAUGGAACGUCUACAAAUCAAUCCAGUUAUACAAGAGAAUGUACACACCAAUUAUUAUAAAGUUAAUGUGUAUCAGAGAUACCUUUCUGAACACUAUACAAAAGACAUUCUAAAGUUGUUUCCAAACAUUAAAACAUUACAUAUUCCUUCAUAUCGAAUCCAAAUACAAGAGGAGUUCUCAAGUCAAAUCAAGUAUAUUAAAGUGUCAAAUUUGUCGGAGAGGGAAUUUACUGUAACAAAUGAUUUUAUUCUCAACAAGGUCGAACCGUUCCCAAUAUGUUCAACACACUUCCCCUUUGAAACAUUACAUUUCAAGAACAUUUCAAAAUUCCAAAAUUUUGUUAUCCACUCAAGAGAAACACUUGACUUCUUUUUAAGAAACAUCCAAAAAUGGGAUAAUUUGUUGGGUGUGACAAUAGUCGUUCCAGAGAUCGAUGAAUUCACUGAAGAUGUUGAACAAAUUGCACUGAAAUUUCUCUCAGACAUUGACAAAAACGUGGAUAUGUUUUUAGAGCUUCACAAUUUGGAACGGUUAAGAAUUUUUUCAAGUGGAAAAGGACAACUGAAGUACUUUCUUCCACUCAGUUCUGCAAAAGGUGGGCUUUACUUGGAAAAGUUUUUGUAUUUACGAAAUGAAGAGCUUUGUGAUUAUGAGAAUGAGAUAUUUAGAAAGAUCAAGACAGUUUUUAAAGUGAUGCUUCUUGGGAUCAAAGACUUUGAGAAGUACAAUGACUUGAAUGUGCCAGCAUCUUUUAAUAAUGUUAAUAAGAGUAUAAACAUUGAAGAGAGAGAAGUGGAAGGUGUUACCAAGUAUGUAAAAAUGACAAACAAACAUUUUGAUAAAAUUGUAAUUACUAAGAGUACAACAGACGAUUUGAACAUUUCACAAAUUGAUGUAAGGACUGUUGUGUUAGACUUGCCAAGGACAAUUUAUUUUAAUGUUGAAAUACCACAACAUUUAGAAAAUUUUAGUCUUAACCGUGGUGAAAGAGUUCAGGUGUUAUGUUCACAUGAAACUCAAAUUGGAAUAUCAAAGGAAUUGCAAUUUAGGUACCUCAGCGAUGUUCCAUUUGAGCAAUUUUUCGGUCUUCCAGAAUACUUUGAUGCAAUGUUUAAUAGGUACAAAGCAAUGGACGAAUUUGAAAGAAGGAUGAAAACGGAGGCUGUAUUUGAGAUAGAAAAAUUCAACAAACUAACCACAGACGAGCAAGACAAUUUCAGAGUGUUUGUUGAACAAGUAAAAGAUUUAGAAGUAUUUAUGUGGAAAGACUCCGAUUAUGUAGUUGUUGAAAAACAAAAGUUUGGUGUGUUACCACAACUCAUUUCCAACGGUGUCAACUUUGAAAGGAUAUGUUCUUGUGAAAUUAAAGACUCAAUCGCUCUUUUUGGAAUUCCGUUUACAAUAACUCGAAUGAAAAUUGUUGAAGCUCCAAAUAGUAUAAUCCGUUUGGACAGUUACAACAUCGAGUUUCUUGAGUGUGAGAACUGUUUGAGCACAAAGGUUUACUUAAACACAACUGUGAAAUCGAUUGACUUGUUAAAAUGUUAUGGCCUGAGGUUGGAAUGUCGCAAAGGAGUUGUGACGUUAACUCAUUUUAAUUCGUACUGCUCAUGGUGCACAUCGGGCAAAAAUAUUGUAGUUGACUAUCUUGUUGAAUAUUCAGAACAUUAUGAAGAUGAACAUUACUUACCUGAUAAUGUGGUUAAUGGUUUCAAUUAUAUCAAAGGAGUUCGUUUCAGAGAACCAGCCAGAAGUUAUGAACAGUGGGCAUGGACCAGUCCAGACUUGUGUGGCAUUCCAAAAAUCGCAGCAAAUAUAUUUGAAGAUCGUCUUUACUACAAAGAAGAUGUUAGUGUUGCUAUGUUAUAUCUCAAAGAAAUUGGGGAUUACUGCUUUCAACAAAGCAAUUUUAAUUAUUGGGUUGACAUGAAAUUUGCAGACUCUUUAACUUCUCUAGGAAUUGGCGCAUUUUAUGAAGCAAAAGGAAUCACUUCUUUGACGUUGCCAAGUGGACUAAAAACAUUGCCUUAUAAAGUCUUUUAUAAUGUGAAGUCACUCCGAAUCAUUGAGUCACCCGUUAAUGAAAUUGAAAUUGAAGACUACGCACUCUAUGGAUGUGAUUCGCUCGCCAAACACCCCAAAUUUGUUCCGGCUCAGACUGCAAGUCUUUGUGAGAGGUAUUUAGUGAACUUUUGCCAACUUAAAAGCAUUGAAGUGAAAAAUAACAUCAAAGCUUUGUCACUGAGAAAUUAUGCAAACUGCACUUCCCUUACAAAAGUUAUUUUACCAAACUCUGUAACUUUUAUUAAUGACUAUGCAUUCAUAGGAUGCUCUAAUUUAAGAGAUAUAUCCUUUUCAAAAAGCGUUGUAUUUGGCACUCAUUUGUGCUUCGCCAAUUUGCCAUUUUUGAAUGAAAUCCGCCUUCCCACAACACUCACCAAAAUUAGAAAUUUCAUGUUCAAAAACUGUAAGUCACUGUCUUUUAUCGACAUCCCAACGUCCAUUCAAAAGAUAUGUGAUAUGUCCUUCCACAAUUGUUCCUCACUUACAGACUUAGUUAUUCCAGCUUCAGUCACCAAAUUUGGGGUUUUGUGUUUCAAAGGUUGCUCUUCUUUAACGUCUCUUCAUUGUUCCUCUUCUUUCCAAGCACCACAGCACAUUUUGAAAUACACAAAUGCAACUUUUUCAUUUUAUUGA